CACGUCGCUCUGGUACAAUCACAGAGAUGUGUUGUUUCUGUCAUGGCUGCCGUCGUGUUGGCGGAGCCUGUGUUGGUUGGGAGUUUAUGAACGAUUCAUACGGCAAGCCGAACGCUGGCGAUAUCAUGAGCCAAGGAACAUUUUGGAUUUCUACCUGUACUGUUGCCUUAGAGCUUCCUGAGUAAAGUGACCGGGUUCUUAACGUCACCUGUAAAAGCUGCCCCAAUCUCACAUUUAUUACAGACUAGCAAUACCUUCUUUACGUUCACUUCUCCACUGUACUAUCAGCAUCUGAACCAUGGCCUCCUGGUUUGGGGGAUUGAGCUCUGGCAUUGGCCAGUCACUGGGACAGGUUGGGGGUAGCCUUUCAUCGUUCACGGGACAGAUUUCAAACUUCACAAAGGAUAUGCUACUGGAAGGAACGGAGGAGGUUGGAGAUGUUAAUACUGAGCUCCAUGUUACCAGCUCCAAGCUGAGAGAAAUAGAGAAUACUCAGACCAUGCAGAGAUCAGAGAAUGAAAGGUUAAAGAAGCUUUGCAUUGAACUUGAAGAGAAACAUGAAGUAGCUGAACUCCAGGUGAAACAGCAAUCCCUAGAUUUCAGGAAUCGCCUGCAGCAAAAAGAGGUGGAAGUAAGCCACCUCAAAGCAAAAAUGAACGCCCUCCAGGACCAAAUGCAGAAAAUGCAGGCAUCAGCACAACUUGCUGGGGUCACCCUUCAGACCAUCAACACAUCUACUAGUAUGCCUACUUCCCAAACUCCUAUUUCAGCAUUUCAAGGGGAUGAUAUGGAUUUUGGCGAUGUGAUCUGGUCCCAGCAAGAGAUAAACAGACUCUCAAGUGAAAUCUCCCGUCUGGAUGGUGAAUUGGCCCAUUGGAAACAGAUUGCUCAGGCACCAAAAAGCCAAGGAACUCAAAAGGUUGACACAAACGAGAUCUGUACAUUACAAAAUGUUAUUAAGGAGCUGAAGCAGAAGCUGAGUCAUGAAAUAGAUGAGCAUCAGCAUGAGCUAUCAGUGCUACAAGAUGCACAUCGUCAGAAACUGACACAAGUCACCCGACGACACAGAGAUGAAUUAGCAGAGUAUGAAGAGAGGAUUGAAGAGUUGGAAGAACAGUUACAGUCAGGUACCAGCAAUGAGGUCACAGAUCAGUCUAAAAUGUUGCAGAAGAAAAUUCAAGCAUUGGAACUUGAGAGGGAGGAGAAUGCAAAUAGAAUUCAGGAACUUGAUGACAAAAUAAUAGGCAUGAACAAGCUGACUGCAUUAUUAGAGAACGAAAAAAGCAAUCUAUUUAAGGAUCUCACAGAAGCAGUGGAUGAAAGAAAUCAAAUGGCACAAAAUUAUGAGAAGCUUAAAUUGGAAAUCACUGAACAAGAUCCAACGAGAGAGAGUAUAAAAUUGGAGAAAGUGACACUGUUACAGGAAGAAGUUCAACUUCGAGAAGCUUUGGAUGAAAAAGAGAAAGCAAUGACAAGCAGAAGCUCACCAGACCAGGUUGCAGCAUUACAAGAAGAAAAAUUGAAGAAUUUAGAACUUGAAAGUAAACUCUUGACUUUUCAUGAAGAAAAUAAACAAUUGCUUGUAGACAAGGAAGAAUUACAAAGAAAGCUGGAUGUUGCCCAAUCUGUAUCUUCCAGUGAUUCUGGUUUACAAUUAGAAUUACAACAGUUGAGGAAAGAACUUAAAGAAAGUGAACUCAAAGUAAAGUAUAAUGUUGAAGAAAAGCAGAUGCUGUCUGUGGAACUAGAAGAACUGGACAGACAAAACCAGGAAGCCAUGCAGCAUCUUAUGUUAAUGAAGGAGCAGUUGUCUAAGCAAAGAGAUGAAAUGGAAACCAGCAUUAACCAUUUACAGGAGCAGUUACAAAAUGAAAAAAAGAAAUUAUCGGAUGCUGAAAUUGAAAGUAAUGAUUUGCAAAUAAAAUUCAAAAUGCAGGAAGAUGAACUAAGCCAGAGUUUAGAAUUAUAUAACAAUGUGCAAAUUGCUAAUAAGCAGCUUUCGCUUGAAGUGCAAGAGCUAAGUAGUAAGCUUGAAACUAUGGAAAAUUCUAAUAUUGGCAUUACAAGAGAAAAUCAAGGACUUCAAGAAAAGCUGAAACAAGUGACAGAACAACUUUCCUGUUUAAAGGUAGAAUCUGUUCCUAAAUCCUUAGACACAAGUAAAAAAGAUGAAGCGUCAGAGAUUCUAAAAUUAAAUGCUGAACUUUCAGAGAUCAACCAAAUAAAAGAGGAAUUAGAGAAAGUUAUAUGUGAUCUAAAGAUGGAAAAUGAAAUGCUGCUGUCUACACAAGAGCAAACAAAAGUUACAUUUGAAGAAACAAUUGCAGCUAAAAACAAAGAUUCCCUUGAAAAAAAGACUAUUAUAGAGGCAUUGAGAAUGGAAAAAAGUCGCCUGGAAACUGAGCUUAACCAAAGUGAAAACAGGUUGCUUGACCAAGCUCAAAAGUAUGAGCACACUAUAGAAGAAUUGUCUGCUGCACAGAAAAUGGACACAUCAGCUCUGCAGCGGGAGCAUGAGCGCCUUUUAAAACUCAAUCAAGAGAGAGAUUUUCAACUGGCAGAAAGCAAAAGAAUUAUAGAGCAACUAGAAAAUGACAAUGAGGAAACCAAGGAAAUUCUGAAUAGCAGCUUAGGGGGACAGAAACAGCUGGCUGAACUACUGAAAGAGAAGGAGACAUUUGUUGAACAACUUAAGGAAAGAAACACUGAAUUACAGAAGGAGAUUGAGCAGCUGUCAAAAACAACUAAAGAGCUUGAUCUGUUAAGGCAGAAUAUUGAAGAAAAAGACAAAAGCCUUGCUUCCAUGAAGGAGGAAAACAACCACUUAAAGGAAGAGAGAGAACGUCUGAAGGACCAACAGAGCCGAUCUCAAGCAGCUAUUGAACCAAAAACGUUAGAUAUUAUUACAGAACUUGAAGCUGAGAUAACACAACUAACUAAAGUUCAAAACAAUUAUGAAGAAGAGCUUAAACUCCAGAAAAAAACAGCUGAAAAACAAAAUCAUAGUACCAUGCAGCUCCAGCAGACUUUGCAAGAAAAGAUAAAGGAAAUGGAUGAGGUUAAAUUACAGCAAAAGCAAACAAUUGAUACAUACGAGAAGCUUCUCUCUGAAAAAGACAGUGAGAUUUCCAGUCUGCAGCAAACAAAUGAACUGAUCAGUUCACAGCUGCAAAAUGAGCAUGUUUUCCACACCCAGUCUUCUGUCAUAUUACCUGAUACCAAAACACAAACAAUGAAUGGGGAAAAUGGUGUUGAAAAGCAUGAUUUGUCCAAAGCAGAAAUUGAUAGGCUGGUAAAGGGAAUUAAAGAAAAAGAAAUGGAAAUAAAAAUGCUCAAUGAAAAGAACAUUACUCUGUCAAAGCAAAUCGAUCAGCUGUCAAAAGAUGAAGUUGGAAAACUCACUCAGAUUAUUCAGCAGAAGGACUUAGAGAUCCAAACUCUACAUGCAAGAGUGUCGUCGGUAACUUAUAUGCAAGAUGUAGUAUAUUUACAGCAACAGCUGCAGGCUUAUGCAAUGGAGAGAGAGCAAGUGCUAGCAGUCUUAAGUGAGAAGACAAGGGAAAACAGCCAACUCCGAACAGAAUAUCAUAAAAUUAUGGAUGUGGUGGCUGCUAAAGAGUCGGCACUGCUUAAAUUGCAAGAAGAAAACCAAAGACUGUCACAUAGCCGUGAGGAUGGCACCCAAGAUAUGUUUAGGGAGACUAUUCAGAAUUUAUCCAGAAUAAUUAGAGAGAAGGACAUUGAAAUAGAUGCAUUAAGCCAGAAAUGCCAGACUUUGAUCACUGUGCUACAAACAUCCGCCUCAGGGAACAGCAAUGAACCUGGCAGCGUCAACAGCAACCAGUUUGAGGAGCUUUUGCAGGAGCGUGACAAACUGAAACAGCAAAUAAAAAAAAUGGAAGAAUGGAAGCAACAAGUAAUGACCACUGUUCAGAACAUGCAGCAUGAAUCUGCCCACCUUCAAGAGGAGCUUCAUAAGCUUCAGGGACAGAUUACAGUGGAUAGUGAUUCCAGUUCUAAGCUCCAAGUGGACUACAGUAGUCUAAUUCAAAGCUAUGAAAAAAAUGAAGAAAAACUGAAAGACCUUAAUAUUGAACUGAGUAAUGUACAACACAGUAUAGGGCAAUUAAACAGCAGCAAGAACAUUCUUAUGGGUAAACUUGAAACAGUUUACCCUCUGUCUGAUUCCACUUUUAUUGGCUCUUCUUCAGCAGCUGUAGGUAAUGAUCAAUUAGGUGAUCAGAUCAAGCCUGCUUUACAGGAAUGUGAACAACUUAAGAUGGAAGUUCAGAAACAGGAGGCCACUAUAAAAACACUUCAGGAAAAUAACCAACGACUGUCUGACACACUAGCUUCAGCUUCUGUACAGAGUCGAAAGGGUCAGGAGGAAAAUGUUCUUGAGCUGAGGUUGGUGAAGGAGAAAAAUGAGCAGUUACAGAAAUCAUUAAAAGAGAAGGACCUUUUAAUAAAAACGAAAGGUGACAAGUUGAAUUCUGUAAAUGAGAACCUUAAGAACAAAGAAAAUGAAAACGAGUUGCUGAAACAAGCAGUCACAAAUCUGAAAGAGCGAACUCUGAUUUUAGAACUGGACAUUCGCAAACUGAAGGAAGAAAAUGAAAAAAUAAUGGCAAGGGGUAUGGAGAAGGAAACAGAGUUCCGAGCACUACAUGAAACAAACAUGCAGUUUUCCAUGAUGCUGAGAAAGAGAGAAUUUGAGUCCAACGCAAUGAAAGAGAAAGCAUCUGCUCUGGAAAAUCUUCUCAAAGAGAGAGAACAGGGAAAAAAUGGAGAACUUAACCAGUUGCUGAAUGAAGUAAAAUCAAUGCAGGAAAAGGCAGUUUUGUUUCAGCAUGAAAGAGACCAAGUUAUGUUGCUCCUGAAGCAAAAGCAAAUGGAAAGUGUAUCUCUACAAAAUGAGGUUCAACAUCUCCGGGACAAGGAGCAGCGUUUAAAUCAGGAAUUAGAUAGGUUAAGAAAUCAUUUACUGGAAAUGGAAGAAAAUUAUACCCGGGAAGCAGUAGCUGCAGAGGACAGAGAGACAGAGCUAAGAAAAAAAGUAUCUCGUUUGGAAGAUAAAUUGAUGUCCUCAUCCACUGCUGUCGAAAAUGCCAGCCACCAGGCAUCAAUGCAAGUGGAAUCUUUGCAGGAGCAGCUGAACUUGACAUCAAGACAAAGAGAUGAAGCUUUACUUCAAUUUAAUCUCUCACAAGAGCAGGCCAAACAGUAUGCACUGUCCCUCACCAACCUGCAGAUGGUGCUAGAGCAAUUUCAGCAAGAAGAGAAAGCCAUGUAUUCCACAGAGCUUGAAAAGCACAAAAAGCAGACGUGUGAAUUGAAACAAAGAAUUGAAUAUCUAGAAAAUAAGGCUUUGUUUUUACAGGAAAGCCUGGAUGAAGCGAACGUUGCCUUGGAAUCAGCAUCUCGACUCACUGAGCAACUGGAUGUUAAAGAGGAGCAAAUUGAGGAGCUGAAAAGACAAGCUGAUCUCAAGCAAGAGAUGUUGGAAGAUGCUCAGAACAAACUUAUGAAUCUUCUGAACAGCACAGAAGGGAAAGUGGACAAGGUCCUAAUGCGGAACCUUUUUGUUGGACACUUCCAUACUCCAAAAAAUAAACGCCAUGAAGUGUUAAAAUUGAUGGGAAGCAUUCUUGGCAUAAGUAAAGAAGAAAUGGAUGAGCUCCAAGUAGAUGAACAUCAAGGUGUUUCCCGAUGGGUGACCGGAUGGCUUGGAAGAGGAGGGUCCAAAAGUGUACCCAGUACACCCCAAAGGCCAAACCACCCCUCACUUUUCAAUACGUCAUUUUCCGAACAGUUUUUUAAGUUCCUGGAGACCGAAUCACGCCCCACACCUCCUCCACCCAGACUCACUAUGCAAGAACUGACACCUUCAAGACCAGCCUCCACACUGAAUCCAGGUGGAUCCCUCUCCACCACUGUUCCAGGAACAAUGGUGUCUGGAUCAAGAAGACAGGAGUCAAAUCCCUUCCUGGCACCUCGUUCUGCAGCAGUACCACUGAUCUCAACAUCCAGCCUGGGAGGCAGCGCAUCUGGGCACCUCCUCAUGAAACCAAUAUCUGAUGCCUUGCCCACAUUCACCCCUCUGCCAGUGUCCUCAGAAUCCAGUGCAGGGGCAGUGCUAAAGGAUCUCCUAAAGCAAUAGACUAACUGGAGAAGCCAGUAUCUGGAGCAUUGUAGCACUUUAAAACACUAUUGUAUAUAAUAGACCCCAAAGAGGCCUUUUGUACAAUCAGAUAACGGAUAUCAUGAACGUUUCCUUUAUUUAAACCUAUAGAUACUCUGUGAUUUGUUCAAGUCCAAAAACCACACAAAUCAGACAGAAGGGAUUAUUAUGGAGCAGCUGCCAAAUUAUUGCACAUGUUGGUUCAAUCCACAACUCAUAAGACAUCUUGUUCCAGCAUAUCUUGCACAUUAUUUUUGCUUUGUCGACAGCCUAAACCUCUGCAAAGCAUGGUUUGUCAUUUGUAUAAUGUAACAGUAUGAUCAGCACUGACUAAAGAGUGUAUUUAAUCAAGAGGCAUUCACCCUGCUUCUAGAACGUGCAAACAAAGACUUUAAUGAUGGGUACUUCUCAGAUGCCAAAUGUCAACCUUCUAGGAAAGAGUGUUACAUGCAGGGCAUUUGCCCCCAGCAAUUCCGAAUCGGCCCUCUGCAUUCAGUUAGAUAGCUUAUGAGUGAUAAUCACUGAAACUUAUCAGCUCUCCAAUAAAGUCAUCGGUAAUCAGCAUUUUUCAUCUCUCUGCAUUAAGUAUUCAGCUCCAGAAAUGUCUGUCUCCAGCAAAAAUGGUUUUAAUGAUUACUUUUAAUGAAUUAUAUUUUUGGCCACAGAGAUCUGUAGAACUGUAGUGUUUCUUAAAUUCUAAUUCUAUGGGGAGGGGGGAAGAUAACCAAAAAUGUUAACUCUCGCAGCUAAUUUUCUUCACAAAAGGUUUCAUGAUGAGGGUCGGGUUAGUCAUAUAUUUGGGUUUGUUUAAAUGUACCAGAUGCUCAGUUAAGCACCACUAGUUUCUCAGCCUGUUUUAUAUAUUUAAUAUUCAGACCAUCUCACAUUAAAACUACCACAGGCAGUUUCUAGAAGAAACCAGUCUGCCCCGUGCAUACGGUAUAUGUGCAGAUCUCUUGUUAUUUAAUAUAUUUACUGAUGUACAAUUGUUUCCUGUUUAUUUUGAUGAGUACUGAUAUAGCUUGCUAUCUGUUGUGUGAAUAUUCUGUAUAGAUAAUAAAAAGUAAAUGAAGGGUA